AAAAAAUAAAUAAUAGAAGGUAGAGAGGCAGUGGCUCAGUGGUAGCGGGCCCGGCUCCCACCCAGCGAGCCCGGGUUCGAUUCCCGACGCCGACACCAAUGGAUUUUUCUAAGUGUCCCAAAGCUGUACUCUCUGUGGUUCGGAACCCACGUAAAAAAAAGUAGGUCCAGAGUGUGUGUAGUGGAAAAAACAAAAACAGUGGGAAAGAAAAACGAAUAGUGGAGAUAUAUAAAAUAGAGGAAAUACAGAAAAAACACACCAUGUAAAAACCCGAAAAGGGUAUGCAUGUAAAACUCCACCACUACUACUACUAAAUAAUAGAAGUUUAUCACCUCGGGCAGUUUACUCAUGUCAGUUUACAAUCGUAAUCAUGGAUGAAGUAGCAAAUGCAAAUUCAUGAUAAAUUUCGCAAAUAAUUCGCUGUGUAUAAGAAGCAGCUUUCGUGAGAAUAAAAAUUUACGUGGCAUGUAAUUCGCGAGGGUUUCUGUUUGGUUGCUCGACGGUCCACGUGGUUUGAUGGACGGCUGAUGGAUGAUCGCCGCGCGUCCAUCAUUGUUUCUCGGUUCGCCGGGUUCGCGAACUAUGCACACGUCACUGCUGCGACGGUCAGGCGCGAAGUAUCGAGGCGAAAAAGAAAGAGGGAGAAGAAAGCAAAAAGGCGGAAAAAAACGAAAACAAUAUGGUUGCCAUUGUAAGGAAAAAUCUUGCUGGAGCUUUUGUGUGCACUUCUUGAAUAACUCGCGAAUGUAUUUAUGUAUAUAUUCACUUAUAUAGAUCUGUAUAUAUACAGAAACGUACACACACGCGUGCCCACACAGUCGAAACUUGGCCUCCUGUGCUGCUCAGUCGUCUCGUGACCGUCGUAGCGGCAGGUUGUUUACGCGACUUUUCGCUCUCUCGGCCCCUUUCUUCGCGCUAAAAUGAUUUAUUCCUCCCGGCGAGUCAUUACAGUCGCGGUUUUUCAUGCUUUUCCGAAAAGAAAAAAGUUCUCUAAUAAUGGAACGUAAUUUAUUUUAUUAACCCUCAUUCCUUCGUGCAAUGGUGUAUAAAUUUGUCAACUUUGUUUUUUUAUUCAUUCCGUGUGCGUUUCAGUCUGUUUUUUUUUAUUUCUCUUCGCGAUCCCUUGAACUUUUGCCAGGGAAAUGUAGUGAGUGACCUGUGUGUAGUUUUGUGAAAAAUCGUAUUCCUGUGUAACAUAUUUACGAAUAUCGAUAAAAAAAAACAAUCUUGGAUAUUGCGCGAAAUUUUGUUUCGCGAAGUUCAACUUUCCGGGGAUCAAUCCUCGAAGUAAUUCGCGUGUUAAUGAGACAAACGCCGUUUUUUCUUCAACAGUGAGUUUUCACCAUACAUCGGAUUGAAAAAUGGCUCAAUUGGAUCAACAACCGAUCCCCAUCCCGGAUUUGAGUACGAUCCGUAUUACCGCCGCGGUUUCUAUGCUUGGCAAAGCGUACGGAUGUGGACAAUGCAGUGGUCUUUCAGCCCCGCCACCCGGGCCCACGACCAGCACGGCUGUUGGUGCUGCGGGAGCCACAGGAAGCAGCGUUGUUGCUUCGAGCUCAUUGGGCCUUGUUCCCGCACAACAGACACACACUCCUCCGCAGCCACCUGAACUGCCAAUGUUCUCAUGUCCACGAAGGCCAAACAUAGGACGGGAAGGUCGACCUAUAGGUCUGAGAGCCAAUCACUUCCAAAUUUCAAUGCCAAGGGGCUACGUUCAUCAUUACGAUAUAAAUAUACAACCUGAUAAAUGUCCACGUAAAGUUAAUCGGGAGAUAAUCGAAACGAUGGUACACGCCUAUAGCAAGAUUUUCGGCACUCUCAAGCCCGUUUUCGAUGGAAGAAACAAUCUCUACACGAGGGAUCCUUUGCCCAUUGGCAAUGACAAAUUAGAAUUAGAGGUAAUACUGCCCGGAGAAGGAAAAGACAGAGUGUUUCGCGUAGCAAUCAAGUGGAUAGCCCAAGUUUCUUUGUUCGCCCUUGAAGAAGCUCUCGAGGGUAGAACACGGCAAAUCCCUUACGAUGCUAUUUUAGCUCUCGAUGUUGUUAUGAGGCAUUUGCCGUCCAUGACGUACACGCCCGUUGGCAGAUCUUUCUUCAGCACACCCGAUGGUUACUACCAUCCUUUGGGAGGUGGUCGGGAAGUCUGGUUCGGCUUUCAUCAGUCCGUCAGACCCUCGCAAUGGAAAAUGAUGCUCAACAUUGACGUAUCGGCAACCGCCUUCUACAAAGCCCAACCCGUAAUUGAGUUCAUGUGCGAAGUACUCGACAUACGAGAUGUAAACGACCAAAAGAAACCGUUGACCGACUCGCAGAGAGUCAAAUUCACCAAAGAGAUCAAAGGCCUUAAGAUCGAGAUCACUCACUGCGGUACCAUGAGACGAAAGUACAGGGUUUGCAAUGUCACACGAAAACCCGCUCAAAUGCAAUCAUUUCCAUUGCAACUGGAGAACGGCCAAACGGUGGAGUGCACCGUUGCAAAAUACUUCUUAGAUAAAUACAAAAUGAAGCUGCGUUAUCCUCAUUUACCAUGCCUUCAAGUAGGACAAGAGCACAAACACACUUAUUUGCCUCUGGAGGUCUGUAAUAUCGUGGCCGGGCAACGGUGUAUAAAAAAAUUGACGGAUAUGCAAACAUCAACGAUGAUAAAAGCAACAGCCCGCUCGGCACCGGAUCGGGAACGAGAAAUAAACAAUCUCGUGAGACGAGCCGAUUUCAACAACGAUUCUUACGUUCAGGAAUUCGGACUUACGAUCUCGAACAGCAUGAUGGAAGUUCGGGGUCGAAUAUUAGCACCGCCGAAAUUGCAGUACGGCGGACGUGUCAGUUCGCUCACUGGGCAGACGAAACAGCAAGCUCUACCGAACCAAGGAGUUUGGGACAUGCGUGGAAAACAAUUUUACACGGGAGUUGAAAUAAGAGUUUGGGCAAUAGCCUGUUUCGCACCUCAGAGGACCGUUCGUGAAGAUGCUCUUCGACUUUUCACAACUCAACUGCAAAAAAUCAGCAACGACGCCGGCAUGCCGAUUAUCGGGCAACCUUGUUUCUGUAAAUAUGCCACCGGUCCGGAUCAAGUCGAACCCAUGUUCCGCUAUCUCAAAUCGACUUUUCAAACUUUGCAACUCGUGUGCGUCAUUUUGCCCGGAAAAACACCGGUUUAUGCCGAGGUGAAACGCGUUGGUGACACUCUUUUGGGAAUGGCGACUCAGUGCGUACAAGCUAAAAAUGUCAACAAAACUUCGCCCCAGACACUCUCCAAUUUGUGCCUGAAAAUCAACGUCAAAUUGGGCGGUAUAAACAGCAUUUUGGUACCAAGUAUCCGACCCAAAGUCUUCAACGAACCUGUUAUUUUCCUCGGUGCUGACGUCACUCAUCCACCUGCCGGUGAUAACAAGAAACCCAGUAUUGCUGCUGUCGUUGGAAGCGUUGAUGCUCAUCCUUCGCGUUACGCCGCUACUGUCAGAGUACAACAACACAGACAAGAAAUCAUUCAAGAACUCAGUUCGAUGGUCAGGGAACUGUUGAUAAUGUUCUACAAGAGUACCGGUGGCUACAAACCGCAUCGGAUAAUUCUGUAUCGCGACGGUGUUUCGGAAGGUCAAUUCCUCCACGUUCUUCAGCAUGAGUUAACUGCGAUACGAGAAGCUUGCAUCAAACUGGAGGUUGACUACAAGCCUGGAAUAACUUUUAUCGUCGUUCAAAAAAGACAUCACACGCGAUUAUUCUGCGCUGAAAAGAGAGAACAGAGUGGAAAGAGUGGCAAUAUUCCGGCGGGCACAACCGUCGACGUUUGCAUCACUCAUCCCACCGAAUUUGACUUUUAUCUAUGCAGUCAUCAAGGAAUUCAGGGAACGUCAAGACCGUCGCAUUAUCACGUUCUUUGGGACGACAACCAAUUCGACAGCGACGAAUUGCAAUGUCUUACUUAUCAAUUGUGUCACACCUACGUUCGAUGUACGAGAUCCGUUAGUAUACCCGCGCCAGCGUAUUACGCUCAUUUGGUUGCAUUCCGCGCGAGGUAUCAUUUGGUGGAAAAAGAACACGACAGUGGUGAAGGAUCUCAUCAAUCUGGCUGCAGCGAGGAUCGAACGCCCGGAGCGAUGGCACGGGCAAUAACAGUGCACGCGAACACAAAGAGAGUUAUGUAUUUCGCGUAAUCAGAUCGACUCUCGUUUAUGCGAGAAAGAUAAGAGUGAAAAGAUUUGAGUGAGAGCAGGAAAAAGAGAGGCAGAGGGAUCGUAAGGUUUUACGAUAAAACUCUCGUAUAGCCACAAGUGUCAUAUCUCAAAGUAGUGAAAGAAAACAAAGAGAAGAAAAAACAGCUGAAACAAACAAAGCAAAAAGUAUAUCAUAAAAAAAAACAUGAAUUUGAUUGAAAUCGGGACCGAAUUCUUCUUGAGGUGGCCAAUUUUUUCCUUACAUUGAAGAAAUUUCACUAACGAAAUAACGCGUUAUGAGACAAUCGCGAGUACUUUAAUUGUUUUGCUUAUUCCCGAUCAUUUGUUCCACCGCGCUUCGACGAUGCAUCGGAAUUCCGCGGAGAAAACCGGUCUGAAAUAUUCGAGGUGAAACUUUUGAAAGGGGAAAAAUUAACGGAGUUAGAUUUUAUAAACGAAAGGUGCUUUUAGUCAAUCAUGUUUGAGAUUAGAAGCGUGUCGAAACGUAGUUUUCCGUUUAUUUUUUUUUCGUUGCCAAGAGUUGAGAACUCACCACCGCUCUUGUUAUAAAAUAUGUGCUUUUUCAUUUUGCUAAGAAUUUAUACGCUUAUUUUCGCAUAUGUUUUUUAUUUUUUCUUUUUUCACUUAAAUCCUAGGGAUACUGUCGAUUACCACGAUUCAUUAUUCGUAUUAUAGCUUAUGAAAUUCCAUUGACACAUCAUCACUGGAAUGAUUCUUUAGUUUAUUUUUGUGUACAUAGGCUUUUUGGAAGACCUCCAAUAACUCGAAUCAAGCACAGGCUAAAAUAUUUUAGGCUCAAUGAAUUCUUUAGCCUAUUCUUUUAAUCAAGGCUCCCACCUUUUUUUAUAUUGUCGUCGAAGUUUGCUCGCCGAUUUUUUAACAAAAAAUGUUGCCGUUCGCAAAGAAACUUCAAUAACGAUUAUGCAGAAAAUUGGACUCGCUCAACGGUCUUUAUCGAUCUCGCCCCAACCAAAAAUCUAAUGUUCAGCUAUUUUUUUCUCGAGCAUUUGAUACAUAAAUUUUAUUUUCGUUACGAAAAUUGGUCACCACAAGUUUGAUGACGUCUUCGUCCGAACUAGAUGAGAAAAAAAAAUAUUUUUUUUUCUCCAUGAAUCAUGCUUAGGGACUCUGGAUCUCUGGGUUUGUGGUUGCAAUUAAAUUCGGGAAUCGAAAUGAUCAAAGUCAUUUAGAGAAUUUCUGCGUUGCAACUUCGUCUGGAGAAACAUGUUUCUUUGUUUUUUUUUUGACCAAAUCGACGUUUCAUCUCGCAGUUUUUUUGUGAGAGAAGGCAGAGAGAUACGGAUUCUUAUUUAUUCAUCUGUUUGGCUUGAUUCGAUGGAACGAGCUGAGGAGAGAAAGAAUGGAAAAAAAAGAGAAAUGCCUUGAAGCCGGGAGAGGGAGUGAAAAAUGGCGUGCCACAUCCGCUGAGAGAGAUUCUGAUAUCUUUUUUAUGAUCUAUACUUUUCGUCAGUCCAGUAUCCAGUGUCACGAAUCAUUAGAAUAUAAGGAUGCCCGCAAUAAUUUUGUGCUGAUCGCAGAAAGAACGUUCAAACAAUUGUUUAUCUCUAAAAUAAUCGAAUAAUUGAAAAUCACAAUCGUAGCAGGAAGUUGCAUUUUAAAAACUAAGUGUCAAAUAUUUUUUUUACAAUUCUUAUUACUAAUAUAGUUAUUGUUUCUUUUUCUUUUAUAAUUUUAACUCGUUCUUACUUUUAUCGUUGGAGAUUCGGUAUGGAAAAAAAGUAAUUUUAUCGUGUGGAGCAAAAAAAGAAAUUUUAGGCGAAGAAUACAUAAAAUUUUUCAUUCGUCAUAUCGAUCAAAUCAUAAAAACACUGAUUUUGUGAAAAAAACCGAAAGAAGUUCAAAAAAAUUAAACGAUUUUCAGCCUAUUAAAAAAAAAAAAAGCAUUGUGCGAAUCUAAAAGUUCUUUUUGCGCCAAGCAUAAAAUGCGACUACGCUUAGUUUGAAGGAGGGAAGUAAAUUAAAAGAAUAAUGAAAAUAAUAAAAGCCGCGUCAAAUGCUCGACAGAAUCGGCCGUCUCAGUUAUUUUUUACGGUGCAUUUACAAAGCCGGAAUAAAUUAAUCUUAGAAAAUGUGCGCGCAGAAUAAACGGGAACGGCCGGAUAAACGAUGAGUGAAUCCUCUCUUGUGAGUGAUUUUUCGCGGUUUAGGUUAAUUUUAAAAAUUCACGUGACACGGGUACCGAAAGUGACACUCGAGAAAGAAAGCCCUAUCAAUGCAAUGCAUACGAGAAAUAAUGAAGUAAAGAAGAAACAAAGUAACUAAGGCAGUAACAAUAAAAACACGUAGGAAUUUAGGUCUCCCCGUGAGAAUUCACAAUUAUGGCAGAAUAGUACGAGAGAACUUUAAUUUCAUUAGGCUUAAGAAUUUUCAAGCAUCAUAGAAAAUUGAAACUAUGAAUUUUCAAUAUAUAAUACUAAACCGACGACUAAAACGAUGUAAAACUUGAUCACUUAACCGAUAAAAAGGAACAAAUCGAUCAUCAAGUUCUUAAUUAAGUUGGUCUAACCGUGAUCAAAAGAUAUCACCACAAAAAUAUCGAAAUAAAACAAAAGCACGGUUUCAACCAGUCAUCCCGAUGAAACAUUUGUAACAAUAAUAUUCACAAUAAUCGUGUGUGGGUGGAGUGAAUUUGCCGGGGGAUUAAAAUAAAACAAUGAAAAUGAUAAAAACACUAUACAUAGUAGAUAUUAGGAAGCCUCAAUUUAGGUAGAUGUAAUGUUGAAAAUCCGCAUCAGGUGGAAGCGUUUUUUCAUUUAUUAUUUUUAUUUUUAUUUUUUUUUUCAAUGUUGCACAUCAAGAGUUUUCGUCUCAGCUCCGAAUAUGAGUGGAAUCCUUAAUACACCGGAUCGAGCCGAAGUUGUAUCGGUGUCUCUUGUCUUGAAACUUUUAUUCAUCGUUCCUAAUGUGAAAUUUUAUUUAUUCAUUUGAGAAUUACCAUUACGAAAAGUAAUGAAAUACGGCAAAGUCGAGAAGAAAUAAUCGUCGAUCGUGAUCGAACUACUUCGUUCGACCGUCAGUAUUAAAUGCCCGAGGUGAAAAAAAAAAAAAAUUUAAAGAAAAAACUGGAAAACAAGGAAGGAAGAUCGAUGAACAUCAGUUCUUUGCGGCUCUCCAGUGCAUCAAAGAUUCCAACGCGAGGAGCGAGAAUAUAUCAUCCUCUUCGAAAUAAUGUCAUGGAAAGUAUGAUUAAAAAAUUAUAAAGAGAGAAGAGAAAGCAACUAACAAAUCAAGAAAAGUAACGAAAGGACCUUGACUUAUCAAUUAAUAUUUAUUCUAUUUUACUAAGUUACUGAGUAAGAGAAAAUAUGGAGGAAGUAUAGAGCUUUAAAAAUCUAUACCACUUGUGACACUCGAGGGGGGGGGGGGGGGGCAUGGGAUGAAAUUUAUUAUGAAAUCCGCACUUCAAUGAGGAAAUAUAUACGAAUUUACGUAUCUCGGUUUAAUUACGAUCGUAGUAAGAAUUAAACGUGGGAAACAAAAGCGUCGAAUGAAUACGGAUGCAUCGUUAAGAAUUUCGUAAACAAAUUAAGCAUAAAAACACAUGAGGAAAGAAACAGAGUAAAAGAAAAACAAAACCAGAAGUAAUAACAAAGAAGUAAAAAGAAAACAACGGCAAACAAUGCAAAUCGUUAUCCGUCUGAUAUCGGUACGGUUCGUUUUGCAAUGAAAUUGGUACCAAAUGUAUAAUAAUAUUAAUAAUAAAAUAAUAUUAAUUCAAAAACGAGAUAACAAGUGAGCAGCUCCGAUUUAGCCGAGAGAAUAAUGACGAUUCGGUGAAGUUGUUGGUUUAUUUGUCUGGAAAAAGGAGGAAACGCUUGCGUCAGAAUUCGAUUACGAACGUUAGACAACAGCAUUUAGCACUAAAUAUUAAAACGGAAAAAUCAAUAAUUGAAUCAAGUUGUUAUAGAGGAAUAAAAAAAAAAGGAACCAAAAUGUUUGAUCGUCUUAUGAAAGAAAUUGAAUGAAGGUAAUCAUUGGAAGCGAGGUAAAGGAAACAAAGCGAAUAACAACUUAAAAAGUUAUUAGUGUCUUACGAUUCAUUCGGUGUUGAACUGGAACGAGGCCAUACAGAGCUAUUAGUUCGUAAGUUUAUUACAACGUAAUAAACGUAUAUAUAUAUAUAUAUAUUUGACCUUUUACGAAAACACAAAAAAUCUUGCUGUUCCGAUCGAGAGACCCCCACGGUUUAUGCUAAACCACAAAUUCUCAUUUUUCUUAUUUUUUUCUUAUCGUCGUCCUGUGGCUCCGCAAAUACGCGAGAAUUUUCGACGUUCGAGUAUCACGAAAAACGAGAUUUCGAUCUUUUCCAAACGGACGAUGAUUCUUAAUGCAUCGAUCCUUAAUCAUUGCCACCAUUGUUUCCGCGCAAAUCUCCCUUGGUGAAUUUCAUGAAAUAUCAUGAAAUAUAUAAAAAAAAAAAAAUGUAUCCUAAAAUGGGCAACUGUGAAGUUACGAAAGUCACGAAAUAAGGAAUCAAUAAUGUUUGUUAUUUGAUAAAAGGAUGAUGCGUGAGACGCAUCGUUUGCAUUGGCAAUUGAUUGCGACUUAAAUAUUAACGAUUAUAAGCUAUCUGUCUAUCGAUGAGAAGAAAACAAAGUGAACAAAACAAUCGCAACAAAAAAUCGUGUUUCGAUCUUGUGCGAUCGAAACACACACACACACACACACACACACACACACACACACACACACACACACACACACACACACACACACACACACACACACACACACACACACACACACACACACA